AUGUCGCAGCUGGAACGUAAUGUAGAGACCAUCAUCAACAUCUUCCACCAGUAUUCGACCCGACUGGGACACCCAGACACCCUGAAUCAGAGCGAAUUCAAACAGUUGGUGAAUAAGGAGCUGGCAAACUUCCUCAAGAAGGAGAACCGGAAUGAGAGAGUCAUCAGUGAUAUCAUGGAGGACCUAGACACCAAUGGAGACCAACAGUUGAACUUCGAGGAGUACAUUAUCUUGGUGGCGCGACUGACAAACGCCUCCCAUGAAGAGAUGCACAAGAAUGUCCCACCCGGAACAGGCCACAGCCACGGGCCAGGCCUCGGCGAGGGAGGUGCGUGCCCAGGCCAGAGGCAGGAUCCAGGGCGUAGCCACGGCCACGGCCACGGCCACAGCCAUGGCCACGGCCACGCUCACUAA